AUUGUUCUGAGCUGCGCCUUGGCUUUUCCGCCCUUUGCUCCAUUCCCCCGCAUCCCAUUUGCUUAUCCUUUUUUAAAAUAAAAAAUAAGGGACAAUGGCGCAGCCAAAAAACCUCAGCAUUUGAGAAAUCAAAGCAACCAUUUUUCUUUAGUGCGCUCAAACAUGUAUAAAUUACCAACGUGGACAUGCUUGUUUUUUCAUGUCUUCAAUCUUUCAAUUAUUUUCUAAUUAUUUUACAAUAUUAUUAUCACCAAUACUCACAUACUUUAUUACUUUGCACCUAUCAAUAGCACCAACAUUACCAAUAUGACCAACGCUGCUCCCCCAUAUGACAUCAAGACCUCGACAGCGAGCUCAAGCUAUGUGCCUCCGGCACAGCCAGUAGCGCCGCCUCGCGGCUUGCCAGCAGCGUUCAAUCCACCAAAAUUUGCCACAUCGCAUCCAAUAUCCUCCAACAGCACUUACGAGCGGGCAAUGAACGCUCUGGGAACAUUUAUUGGCGGGUUUGGACAAAUUCCCUGCUGCUUCUGCUGCCCCAAUCCCUACAAAAAGGUUAAGCAGGGUGAAAUUGCUUUGGUGUCUCGCUUUGGACGCUACUACAAGACAGCGGACCCAGGUCUAGUCAAUGUCAACCCGAUGACCGAAAGUAUGUGGCGAGUGGAUACGAAGAUUCAAAUUAACCCUAUGAAGUCUAUGUCCAUUGUAACCAAGGAUAAUGUCUCGGUGGGAAUUGAGGCUGUCAUUUAUUGGCAUGUCAACGACCCGUAUUUAGCCACUUACGGAGUAUCCAGUGUGCACGAUGCCUUGGCCGAGCGCACGCAAACAACCUUGCGUGCGGUGCUUGGUGGCCGCGAUCUUCAGGACCUCAUUGAAAACCGCGACAAUAUUGCCUCAGCCAUCACUGAGAUUAUCGAUAAGCCUGCGCACGAGUGGGGCGUCACCGUUGAGUCGAUUCUCAUCAAGGAUAUUGAUCUAAGCCGUGAGCUGCAAGAGUCGCUGUCGUCAGCUGCUACGCAGAAGCGGAUUGGCCAGUCCAAGGUUAUCCAGGCUCAGGCCGAGGUUGACGCCGCUAUGCUGAUGCGCGAGGCGGCUGAGAUUCUCAACACGCCGGCGGCUAUGCAGAUCCGCACUCUCGACAGCAUGGUAAUGAUGUCUAGAGCUGCCAACACCAAGGUUAUGUUUGUGCCUAUUAACCAGGACUACUCUAGCGGCUCGAUAAAUGCCUUUGGCGGUGCCGGUGCUACUGUGGGCAUCAAUACGUAUGGCAGUGGGUCUAGUUCCGCUGCAGAUGCUAGCAUUGAGGAGCGCAAAGCUGCGCUGCCAAUCAAGUUUAAGGGCGAGAAGGAGCCUGAAUAUGCGGGAUCCAGCCCCAUCCACUCAGGGGUGAAGGACGCUGCCAUUUUCUCUCAGCUCACCGAGAUGUGAUGACCGCAGCAGACAUUAUUAUCAACAACCCGCAACACGUUUAACCCCUUAAUUAUUUUGUUUUGUUUUUGCUCUAAUUUAACUAUUAAUUAUUUUUUAUCCUCGGGUCCAUAUAUGAAUAAUGCAACUAUCCAUUUAACAAAAGGGGAAUAGUGUAAUUUUAGAAAUAGAUGAUUACCCGCAAAUAUAAUUUCAAAGGU